CUUGACGUCAACUUUUCAGUGAACUUUUCCUCUUAUAACUGAACCUCGGAACCGAGACUCCUCUAAAGAGCUUGCCAUUUGCCGCGAAUUAACCACCGCCAUGGCCUCCCUUCGCACUGCGGGCAUGCUUCGGCAUCUCGCACACCCUUGCUCUCACGUCCGUACGCUGCGCGCCUCCAACCAACGACGAUGGGCUCAAGUUCACGAUGUGCGCUUCCUCGCCACGACGCAGCAACCGCGCAGUGUCAUCGAGAAGUACCGCCAAAAGUUGGAGAACAAGGCCAAAGAGGAGGGCCUGCCUGAUAUCGACGCUCUCAAACAGGCAUACAAGGACAAGAUUGAGCGCCUGCGCAAGGAAACCGACGCUGCAACUAAACUACCGGGUGCUCCCGCUCCAGCUACCCCCACUGCUGCUGAUGCUGCUGAGUUGGAUGCUACCACAACAACCACAACCGAAGCUGCCAAACCUUCUUCCAAUGCCACGCCAGAAACGCCGAAGAAACCAGUAUAUUCAGGCUCCGGCUCCGGCUCCGGCUCCGGUAUCAAACCGCUAUCCGAGAUCCUCGAUAUGACCAAGGCCCGCGACUUACCCAUCAAGGAACUCUCCGCCAUCUGGCGUCUGCGCUACGCCACCAAUCCACACUCUCUGUGCGCCGUCAUCCCGUCAGAGACCUACUCAGCCAUGGACACGCUGGCGCGCUCGCGCCCCCAGUUCGUGCUUCCUGUGCCGCACCCGGAACAGGGCGCGGAGAUCCAUUUCCUGCAAUGGACCUGGGACGCGGCGACGGCGACGUCGACGGUGCUGUUCACGCAGCUGGCCGAGUACAAGAACCGCGGCGAGUUUGCGCAGCCGCACACGACAGUCACGCACUACAUGGACUUUAGCGUCGACAAGGGCGUCGUGCUGAUGCAGGGCCAGGUCAUGGAGGAUAGAGGCGUCAAGCCCGAGGAUGCGCAGUGGUUGCUCAUGUGCCUUCAGAGGUUCUACGGCGGUUGGGAUGGUACUGGUGGUGAGCAGGGCCAGCAGAGGGCGAACGAGCGCAGGAAUCUGUUGGAUUGGUUCGCAAGUGGUGACCAGAGGUUUAGCGUGGAGAAGCUUAUGGAGGAGGCGGAGAGAAUGGGUUAGAUGAUGGUUGGAUGGGAUGGUGCGGUAAAUGGGCAACAGGCCGUUCGUUGUAAGUGUUCAGGUACCAUCGUGUAUGAUAUUGUGGGUGAGCGCAUUGUAAGAGCGUGCGCCUCCUGGUACGAAUAGAAGGCUUCAGAUACCCGCCUCUGGGUUGGCAGUACAGUAUACAAAAACCUACCUACUGACAUAUCUUUCACGUAGGCAUCGACAUUACAUCAACCCGAAGCCAGGACAGGGCAGAUUCUACAUAUGUACGGUACUCAAAAAUCGAUCUUCUCAACAAACAUAUCU